CCACGACUGGGGGGCCAUGGCCCAAAGACAGGCCCCCUCGGCUGAAGAGUUCUCCUUCGUCAACCCCGUGGUGAAAUACCUGCUCUUCUUCUUCAACAUGCUCUUCUGGGUGAUCGCAAUAGUGAUGGUUGGCGUGGGAGUCUAUGCACGACUGAUGAAGCAUGCAGAGGCAGCCAUGGCCUGCCUGGCGGUGGACCCAGCCAUUCUCUUGAUUGUAGUGGGCAUCCUCAUGUUCCUGCUCACUUUCUGUGGCUGUAUCGGCUCCCUGCGGGAGAACAUCUGCCUUCUGCAGACGUUCUCCGCCUGCCUCACCAUCGUGUUUCUGCUGCAGCUGGCUGCCGGAGUCCUGGGCUUCGUCUUCUCAGAUAAGGCACGGGGAAAGGUGAACGAGAUCAUCAAUAAGGCUAUUGUACACUACCGUGAUGACCUGGACCUGCAGAACCUCAUCGACUUUGGCCAGAAGGAGUUCAGCUGCUGUGGAGGCAUCUCGUACAAGGACUGGUCCCUGAACUUGUACUUCAACUGCACGGAUGACAACCCCAGCCGGGAGCGCUGCUCCGUGCCUUACUCCUGCUGCCUGCAUGUCCCCGGCCAGACGGUGAUCAACACCAUGUGUGGCCAGGGCAUGCAGAGCCUUGACUACCUGAAGGCCGGUGAGGUCAUCAACACCAACGGCUGCAUCGACAAGCUGGUCAACUGGAUUCACAGCAACCUCUUCCUGUUGGGGGGCCUGGCCCUGGGCUUGGCCAUCCCCCAGCUGGUUGGCAUCCUGCUAUCUCAGAUCCUCAUCAAUCAAAUCAAAGACCAGGUCAGGCUCCAGCUCUACAACCAGCAGCACCGGGCUGAUCCUUGGUACUGAGCAGACACCGGGCUACCCAAACCUGGUACCAGGUGGGCACCAUCAUCUGGCAGCGGUGGGCACAGCUCCACGUGAAGAGCAGAGAUGAUUUGACUUCCCCCUCUCCCCUUGACAGCCGGGCAGAGGGAAGCCUAGAUGGGCAGAGUAGCCAA